AUGACGUCCCUCGUACCGCGCACGCCGUACACAGACGAGGAGCUGCGCCGCCUCUACCCGGCCGGCCUCGAGCUGCAGCUGGUCCAAGUCCUGAUGCGCCACGGCGAGCGCACGCCUGUCUCGCCGCGGUUCCAGAAUGCGGGCCUGCACCCCUUCUGGCCCUACUGCUCGGCCGUCAAGCAGUUCCGCGCCGUCGUCCUCGAGGACGACCAGGACCCCGGCGUCGCCGGUGUCGGCGUGGGCGGCGGCGGCGCGGCCACAAAGCCAUUGGGGACGCUCGCGUGGAGGCGGCGUCUCGAGACGUUUGGCGACAACGACACGGCCGUCCUGGCCGCGGGCAAGAAGGGCGAGCUGGACGCGCUCUGCGACAUGGGCAUGCUGACGGACCCGGGCCGUGCCACGACGCUGCGGCUGGGCCAGCGGCUGCGGCAGCUGUACGUCGAGCGUCUCGGCUACUUGCCCCGGCAGCUGGGCCCCGACGACCCCGACCGGCUGUUCUACUUGCGGGCUACGCCCAUUCCGCGCGCGCUCGAGUCGAUGCAGCAGGCGUUUACCGGCCUGUACCCCGACCGCGACCGCAGCACGACGCCCGUCACAAUCGUCUCGCGCGCCCCGGCCGACGAGACCCUGUUCCCCAAUGACAGCAACUGCCGGCGCUUUGCGGCCCUGUCGCGGGCGUUUGCGCAGCGCGCGGCCGAGCGGUGGAACGACUCCGACGAGCUGGCGUACGUCACCAAAAAGAUUGGCCGCUGGAUGGACCCCGACGCGCCGCGCGUGGCCGUGGACGGACGGCCACGACUCUCUGGCGUCAUGGACACCAUCAACGCGACGCUGGCGCACGGGCCCGAGACGCGCCUGCCCAAGGAAUUCUACGACGAGCAGGUCCGGCGCAACAUUGACAAGGUGGCGCUCGAGGAGUGGUUUGCCGGCUACCACGAGUCGCUCGAGUACCGCACACUCGGCAUUGGCGGGCUCAUGGGCGACCUGACGGACCGCAUGGUGGCACAGGCCAAGUCCGCGGGCACCAGCGGCCAGAACGGCCUGUUCCGCUUCGGCCUCAGCGGCUGCCACGACACGACGCUGGCGGCCGUGUUGACCAGCCUGGGCCACACCAUGCCCACAUGGCCGCCGUUUACGAGCCACCUGGCCGUGGAGCUGUUCAAGAAACCAGCAUCCGAUGCCUCGCCGACCGCGACGCUCCCGCCGGCCCCGCCAGCCGCACCAGUAGCCACGGGCUGGUCUGCCUACUUGCCGUCGUUCCUGUCGCCGUCCAAGAAGGCUGCUGCCCCCGCGGACAUUGGCCGGAAGCCGACGUCAGCAUUGACCGACGUGGACAAGCACAAGAUGGACGGCUACUACGUGCGCAUCCGCUACAACGACGAGGUGGUGCCGAUCCCGGGUUGCAAGCCGGCCGGCAAGCACUUGGACGGCGAUGAGUCGUUUUGCACGCUGGAGGCCUUCAAGUCCAUCGUGGACAAGUACACGCCGAAGAAUUGGAAACACGAGUGCCGCAGCAACCUGAGCAAGCCCGCGUUCCCCGAGAAACCUGAACCCUCGGGCUUCUAA